AUGCUAGAGCUGAGCCUGUCCUGGCUGGGAUUCGGGCCAGUGGCAGCCUCCCCGUGGCUGCUGCUGGUGGUGGUAGGGGCCUCCUGGCUCCUGGCCCAUGUCCUGGCCUGGACCUACACCUCCUACAACAACUCUCGCCGCCUCCGAUGUUUCCCGCAGCCCCCAAAAUGUAACUGGUUCUUGGGUCACCUGGGCUUGGUCCCCCCGACGGAGCAGGGCUUGAGCAAAGUAACUCAGCUGGUGACCAACUACCCUCAGGGUUACUUGAUGUGGAUGGGCCCCAUCAUCCCCCUGGUCAUUUUCUGCCACCCUGACUUGAUCCGGACUUUUGCCAGUGCCUCAGCUGCCAUUGCACCCAAGAAUGUGAUCUUCUACAACUUUCUGAAGCCUUGGCUAGGGGAUGGGCUCCUGCUGAGUGCUGGUGACAAGUGGAGCAGCCACCGUCGCCUGCUGACACCUGCCUUCCACUUCAACAUCCUGAAGCCCUAUAUGAAGAUUUUCACCAAGAGUGCUGACAUCAUGCAUGCUAAGUGGCAGCGUCUGAUCACAGAGGGCCACACCCAUCUGGACAUGUUUGAACAUAUCAGCCUCAUGACCCUGGACAGUCUGCAGAAAUGCGUCUUCAGUUACGACAGCAAUUGCCAGGAGAAGCCCAGUGACUAUAUUGCUGCCAUCUUGGAGCUCAGUGCCCUUGUGGCAAAAUGAUAUCAGCAGAUCUUCCUGCACAUGGACUUCCUGUACUACCUCACCCCUGAUGGGUGGCGCUUCCGCAGGGCCUGCCGCCUGGUGCACAACUUCACAGGUGCUGUCAUCCAGGAGCGGCGCUGCACCCUCCCCAAGGAAGAUAUUGGUGACUUCCUCAAGGUCAAGGAGAAGACCAAGACUUUGGACUUUAUCGAUGUACUCCUGCUGACCAAGGAUGAAGAUGGGAAGGGAUUAUCAGAUGAAGACAUCCGAGCUGAAGCUGACACCUUCAUGUUUGAAGGCCAUGACACCACAGCCAGUGGCCUCUCUUGGGUCCUGUACAACCUUGCAAAACACCCAGAAUACCAGGAACGCUGCCGGCAGGAGGUGCAAGAGCUCCUGAAGGACCGUGAGUCUAAAGAGAUUGAAUGGGACGAUCUGGCUCAGUUGCCCUUCCUGACCAUGUGCAUCAAGGAGAGUCUGCGGUUGCACCCCCCAGUCACGGUCAUCUCCCGCCGCUGUACCCAGGACAUCAUGCUUCCAGAUGGCCGGGUCAUCCCCAAAGGUGUUAUCUGCCUCAUCAGCAUUUUCGGGACCCACCACAACCCAUCUGUGUGGCCAGACCCUGAGGUCUAUGACCCCUUGCGCUUCGAGCCAGAAAACAUCAAGGGGAGGUCACCUCUGGCUUUUAUCCCCUUCUCAGCGGGUCCCAGGAACUGCAUCGGGCAGACAUUCGCCAUGACAGAGAUGAAGGUGGUCCUGGCGCUCACACUACUGCGGUUCCGCGUCCUGCCAGAUGAGGAGGAGCCUCGCCGGAAGCCAGAGCUGAUCCUGCGCGCUGAGGGCGGACUUUGGCUGCGGAUGGAGCUGCUGAGCACAGGGCAGCAAUGA